AUGCACCCAAGAUUGGUCUUACGACUUGGUCACUACACGUUUGAGUGUCGCUGGUUUAUCAGCCAUACGUCUCUAGUGAACCAUCACUACCCGUUGUGGCAAUCCGUGGAUAUCACCAUCCAGAAGUUGACGCCAGGGACUACCGACCGACACCUGCCUAGCACAACACCACCUUUUGAGCACGGGGCGUCUUAUGAACAGCACAAUGCAACAGCUGGUCUUUCCGUCCAAUCUCUAGGCCUCGAUGAUACUGGAACAGUGGUUCUCGGGAAGGCGGUAAUGGAAACCGACUUCUCCCGCCUCCCAAACGUCUUCGCUAUUGCAGCAGGAGGCAUCAUCAUCGAUGUUCACGAGUCGAUAAAUGAUGUCGCUGCAGAUCUAGAUGCUUUCGAGAAGGAGGUGCGGAAUCGACUAUCGUUCCCCUGGGUGUUGGAAAAGCGACAACCAAGACAGACAUUGGUAUUUGUGGGGAAUUAUUGGUGGUAUCCGACAUACGGGGGUACAGGACGAAAUCACUAUUCAGUUGCAAAAGCCCUCGAUAUCAAUUUGGUGGUUCUGGAUGCCCCAGGGUGCUGGCUGGCGGAUCCGAAGCAUGCAGAUCUGCGUGGCACUUUCCUUCCCUGUGACUUGACUCGGGAUGAUGGCCUUUGCUAUAGGAUCAUCGAGACUUUAAGUCACUACAAGGGAGGAACCGAUGGGAUUGUUACCUUUAAGUAA